UCCGCGGCGCCGCAGUCAGCCCGCUCUCUCUCACGCGCCGACCAUCACGUCCGCAGCGAAGGGAGGAAAGCCUCGGGCGCGGGUCGUGCACUCCGUCUCUCUCGGUUUCUGGAUUUAAAUGCAUGGAGGAAAUUCGCUCCUUAUAGUUGGCGCGGGCUGGCCGUGUUGACAGCAGGUGUUGAGAAUGACAGUUACAGUCACGGCGGAACACAUCUACCAGGCCCCAGUUGAGCUCGUGGCAGCCACUCAUCUCACAAAGUUUCCGAACGAGUACGACAAGGACAUCAUUUCUUGCAAUGUUAUAGAAAGAAACACAGACAAGGAAGGAAGAUUAUAUACCAAGAGAGUUGCAGCGGUGCGGAAUGUGCUACCUACAUUUCUGCGGAGGGUUUCAAGUUUACAAGUGGAGAAACUGGAACUUCAAGAAGAAUGCUGGUGGAACAGAAAAAAGAGAACCUUUGAUGUUGAAUCUCAAAACCUUUCUGUGUCAGACUGGGUCACGAUGAAAGAAGCCUCCACUUACAAGCCACAUCAUCAGAAUCCAAAUUGGACGCAAUUCAAUCAGGAGGGCACAAUCACCGUCCAUGGCCUUGGGAGGAUUGGUUCACUUAUUGAACUUUUUGGUAAAAGGUUCUUGAGUGUUGGUGCUCAGCGUGGCAUUACCAUCACUGAAACGCUUAUGGCCGAGCGCUCAAAGAGAUUCUCAAGGGUCUGGUAUUCAGAAUUUCUCUUUGCAUAAAGAUGGACAGAUCUAUGUGAAGUAUUAUUCCUAACCACGACAAUAAAAAUAUCUAGUCUGCAACUUCAGAAAUCAUGCUCAGUUUGCUGUCAACAUCUAAAGAGUCUUCCUAGUAAUAUUAAUAACAAGGAAAUGCAUUAGAUAUUAGGCAGUAUCUUGGAUUUUAUUUUUUAUGAACAAUUUCAGGAACACGGAUGAUUGUGUAUUUUUCCACUUUUGUGUACGUUUUAAGGAGGUGAUACGUUUUAGGAUUUUGUAUGAGAAGAAAUACUGUAUUUAGGGUUUAGUGAGCAGAUUUUUCAGGUAGAAAGAAUAUAAGGGUCUUAACUAAUAGUAUAUAUAAAGUGUAUCCACUAUUUAUGGUACUGGUGAUUUUUAGGUAGCAUGUUUUGUACUUUUGAACUUAGUAGGUGAUAAUCAUAGUACUUAGACAAGAUUCCAGUUUUUAUUUAAAAAUCUGCUUGUAAUAACAAAUCAUUCCAGGGAUUUCAACUGCUUAUGAAUGUCGGAAAAGUAUCAAGAGUUAUUAAAAGCAUAUGAAGGAGGAGAUUACCGCUGUAUUUAUCUGAAGAACAAGUCAGGUUUAUUGCUUAUGUUUUAUUUAAAGUUGCAACCUGUGUCUUUAUUUAUGUGUGGGUGAGUGUUAAUCAUGGAUGACAGUAUGAACAAAGAAAACCCUGAAUGUAAAUGUUUGAAAUCCAAAAUAUGGAAAUCUCCCAAGAAACAUUUAGAAGUUUCCCAGCCAAGGUGUAGUUCGUGAUUGUUGUGAAUAGAUAUGUUAAUAUUUUAUAUUUUGGUGUACACCUAUUACAUCUUAUAUGUUCAAACAAAUAAAAGGUGAAAAUGUGAAAA